AGAGUCUGGAUUUAAAUGCUCACUCCACCGGCUGGGGAAUAAUAGCUGCAGCAACUGACUGGAGGAUACAGAGAAAGGGGGAAACAGAGAGAAGAUGGAUGUACAAACGGAGAACACGGACCCCCCGCCUGGUGAAUCCCAGUCCAGUGGAAAAAUCAGAAAAGGAUUCAAGCUGUUUGGCAAACGCAAGCCAGGUAACAUCUUUUCUAUUCGAAGCAAAGGGGACGGAAACAACAAGUCACCUGUUAUCAGAAGCACUACUACUGAUGGAUUAUCUGACAACACUGCACCAGAUUCGGAGCAGGAGCCAGACAAGGAAAACGGACAGGAGAUGAGUCAGGGAGAGAGGGAGCAGUCAGAGGAGGAGACGCUCGGUGAAGAUGGCGUUCUCGCUGCUGCCCCAGCUCGCGCCUCCAUUUCUUCAGCCAGCUCGGCCAAGUCCCUCAGCUUCCUGUCGCUGCUGAGGGGCGGCCGCAAAGGAACUGGAGACCGCAGAGUCCACACCUUGUCCCAGCCAGUGGGUCGGCAACGUCGCGGGCUGAAGGGUCUCUUUGGCAAUGUUAAGUUCAGAUCGAAAGAUAAGGAGGAGAAGGAGGAAGCCCCUCCGAGCCCGCUUCUCAUGUCGUCCCGCGCCAACAGCGUGGAAAUCAUCAAAGAGGACCUCACCCUCACCCCCAAAUCCCAGCCUCGCUCUCUGGACAGCCCCGAGACUGAGAGCUGCGAGCCGGACAAGAGUGAUAGUGCGACUACGUCCCCAUCAAAGCCCACAAGUCCCCAGGUGACAGCAGGCAAUGUGAGUAAAACUAAUGAGCAUGUGCUGCCUUUACCCAUCUCUGAACCGCCCUUGGUACCCGGGGAUAACAGCCUGAGCUGCUUGCUGGCAGACAUCUCCUCUCUCCUGACCUUUGACUCGAUCACAGGAGGUGGAGAUAUAAUGGCUGAUGUAGAGGCAGAGUGGGGGAAAGCCAGCAGUCCCGUCAAUGCCGUGGCAAAGGAAUUCCCGCCAUCCUCCACAUCUCCCUUCUACAAACCUGCCGUCUCAUCUCCUGUGACCUCCGCCUCUGUCAGCACUGCUGCUACGGCAAAACCCUCUCCUGUAGCCAUCCCCACAACAGCCUCCACCCAAUCCUCUACUCCCCUGAUGAAGACAACUUUAACUUCUUCUCCCAUUACCAAGCCGAGCUCCAUCAUCACGACGCUGACCAAAACUUCCACUUUGACGACUCACUCAGUCAAAGUGAGCUCAGACUCGACUCCAGCUUCAGAGCCUCCUGCUAGCAUUAAAACCAAACCAACUCCUACGGCAAUCGCAACAAAGCCCUCAACUAGCCCUGCGACAUUAACAAGCUUUUCAGCUCCAAUAACGUCUCCUCCUGCGAUGACAAUUAAAUCCACACUGAGCACCACCUCUACUCUUACUACAGCUCCACCGAACACCCCGGCCACUGUAGUCAAAGCCCCCUCAACUAGUCUAACUCUUACCUCUACGGCUAGCAAAUUGGCUUCAGAGAUUGCAGCACCUCCUCAAAUACUUGCUUCAGUAAGUAAACCUAUCCCUGUAUAUACUCCAACUCCUCCAGCAGCGAAACCCCCACCUCCUUAUGUCCAACCUCCACCUCUUAAAUUGGAUUCAGCUCCCAGUUUGAACCAGCAAACUUCAAUUUCUAGCAAAACUUCCCUAAGUUCAGGUGCAGGAGAAUCUAAAGCCCCGGUGACAGUAUCAGCAGCCUUGGGUGUUACAACCAAACCAUCCUCUGCCGCACCAGUUAUCCCCUCUAAGGCGACAACUGUUCCCACAUUAACUACGACCUCAGGCUCAGUAUCUGCGGCCCUUUCCAAACCUAUACUGACCUCCAGCCCAAUAGACUUAAGUAAGCCCCCUCCCUCCCUUGUAACAGUUCCUUCCUCUACCACUACUGCCACAACUAAAACUCAACCCAGUCCUGCACCUGUCCCAACUCCAUCCUCAACUCCUUUAGACAAGAUUCCUCCCACAACUAAACCUACUCCUGCACCUGUCUUUUUAGAUAAGACACCCUCUGCUCCCACACUGACCCCGACCCCGACCCCUUACACCCAUGCUGUUGUUUCUGCAGCAUCCUCAGCACCUCUUCCAGGUCAGAUCCCCGUCUCUCAAUCUAAAGCCCCUCCUGCUCCUUUCCAAAUCCCAAUUUCUGCACCUAAAGUGCAGUCUUCUCCUGCUCCUGAAAUGCAGGCUGCUCAAACUAAACCCCCUCCUGCUUCUGCUCAAAUGUUUAUUUCUGUGUCAAAAGAUCUGCCUGCUCCAGCCCAAAUUCAAGUUUCUCAAUCUAAAGCCCCUCCUGCUCCUGUUCAGAUCCCAAUUUCUGUAUCAAAAGAUCUGCCUGCUCCAGCCCAAAUUCAAGUUUCUCAAUCUAAAGCCCCUCCUGCUCCUGUUCAGAUCCCAAUUUCUGUAUCUAAAGAUCUGUCUGCUCCAGCCCAAAUUCAAGUUUCCCAAUCUAAAGCCCCUCCUGCUCCUGUUCAGAUCCCAAUUUCUGUAUCUAAGGAUCUACCUGCUUCUGCUCCAAUGCAGAUUUCCCAACCUAAACCCCCUCCUUCCCUUGGUCAGAUCCACAUUUCUGUAUCUAAAGAUCCACCUGCUCCUGCUCUAAUGCAAAUUUCUCAAUCUAAACCUCCUCCUGCUCCUGCUCAGAUCCCAGUUUCUGUGUCUAAAGAUCUGCCUGCUCCAGUGCAAAUUCAAGUUUCCCAAUCGAAAGCCCCCCCUGCUCCUGCUCAGACCCCAGUUUCUGUACCUAAAGAUCUACCUGCUCCUGUACAAAUGCAGAUUUCCCAAUUUAAACCCCCUCCUUCCCUUGCUCAGAUCCCAGUUUCUGUAUCCAAAGCACCUCCUGCUCCUGUUCAGAUCCCAGUUUCUGUAUCUAAAGACUUUCCUGACCUUGCUCGUGACCCAGUUUCUGCAUCUACUGAAUUCCCUGCCCCUGUUCGUAUCCCAGUUUCUGUAUCUAAAGACCCUCCGGCUCAGAUCCCAGUGUCUCAAUCUAAAGCUCCCACACCAGCCCCUGCCCCUUGCCCUGUCCCUUCUCUCCCUUCUAUGCCUGCACCAUGUCAGAGUGAGGCCCAAACCUCUGCUAAGAUGAGAGGAAGUGCACAGGCAUCAGUCGAUGGGCAGCUGACGAGUCCAAGUAGCACAGCUGCCCAGGGGGCAAAGACCAUGCCAUCCAAAACAGAGGAACUGCAUAAUGAGUCACGAACGAGCCUGCAGGGAGCCUCUAGGAUACCACAAGUAAAGGCAUCAGGACUUAGCAAAAUACCCAUAGUUGGAGGGGGCAGAGCAGGCAAGCUACCUGUCCGGGACAGCCAACACGGUGAUGAUGAAGCGAGCAGGGAUCCACCUACUCCUGUGCUGGAUGAGAGGCCCCAUUUCAACUCACAUGAUACGGGGAGCAGAGAUAAAAUCGGUGAUGUUGACGCUUAUGUUCCCACCUCAAAACACAGCCAGGAGGAGAGUCACCCGGUCCCUCAGCCGAAAGCCCUCACCAGUUUACCGCGUGACUCAAAGAUCCCUGUGAAGCACGGUGCACAGUCUCACACUGCCUCCCAGAUCCCUCAAGCUAAAGAACCCGCUCGCACCAAGAUACCCGUGUCCAAGGUUCCUGUCCGCAGGGCUGGCAACAAACCUGCAGCUGGAGGUGGACAGAUAAGAAAAUAAAACAAUGGACUGAAUCAAGCAACGAUACAAAUUAUGUAUGGCCUGGACUGCAACUUUUUUUUCCAAUAUAACUACACGAGCAUCCUUUUUUCAUGUUUCUAGACUGUAACUUUUGGCUUCACUACACCGUAAACAACAGAAAAUAGAGUCAAGGAGGCUGUCGGCAGUCAAGCACAAAACAUCUCCACAAGGAGCCGAAGCAACAAGUCUGGCUCUUUGGUGUUGAGCCAACUGGACACGCACUCAGGAAAGGUUCGGGGUCACACCGGAACAUGCAGCAGCAUCGGUAACUAAGGAUAAGCAAGAUAAAAAGGUCUUCUGGGAACACAGUCACACACACACAACAUGGGCGAGUGCCUUUUUAAAAGGUGCUUUUUCCGACAGACUCUCAGAGUUAAUCUUUUUCUACAGUACUUUUAACUUUUGUUACUCCCACUUUUUGUAGGACUCGUCAAAUCUUUUUUGUCUUUCUUUCCAGCAAGUCUCUUUGAUAAAUAACCAGUCCCUUUACGUUUUUAUUUAUGUCAGGAGAAGAACAGCAGGAGCGCUAUAAAUUAAUGCAAGAACCAAAUUUACAUUCCACACCUAUCUCUGGCUGUAUGUAGCAAAAAACGUGCCAUUAAUUUUUGCACAAGAUGUUGAACUGUACAGCGCCUGUGUGUCCGCCUGCUCAUAUGUAACAUGAUCAGAUCUCACUGUGAACUAUGGAACAGACUGGUUUUGAGGGAGGAAUGGAAAUAACUCCUUCCAGUGGACAGCAGCCAUUAUGAAUGGCACUUUGAGCGAGACAGAGAGGAUGCUGAGAUGAGAUCUCUUGUACACUGGCACAUCCUUACCCUUAUCCCACUUAUACUCAGAUGGGAAACAAUAUCUCUGUGUACAGUCUCAUUUAUGUUGCUCUGUUUCCUAUUUAAUCAAUAAAAUAAUGAGUACUUUGCAAGAUGAAA